AUGCACGACAAUCCGAAUCGCGCAAACGAAGCCUAUGGGUGGCAUUUCCAGUACCUAACGGUUAUCGGAUUAACUCUGUCGACUCUUACUUUCGCCGUUGGGUUGGCGGCGGACGUGACGUUAUCGCCUCGGUUGUUCCUGCUCAAGAACUUGUUGUCCAUGUGCAGCGCGCCCAUGGAAGUCUUGAUCAGCAUUCUUUACUGGAGCCUUCGCCUGAUUGAUGAACGCCUGGUGAUUCCCGCCUGGACCGUGAUCCCUUUAAAUGCCGAUGUGAGCUUUCACGCGGUCCCUGCCAUCGUUUUAUUGAUCGACCUCUUGCUACUGUCUCCACCUUGGACCAUCACUAUCGUGCCGGCGCUGGGCUUGUCCAGCACGAUCGCCUUUGGUUACUGGAUUUGGAUUGAGUAUUGCUUUGCUCAUAAUGGAUGGUAUCCGUAUCCCAUCUUCGAGCAAGUGCCGUUCGAAGGCCGCGUUGGACUAUUCGUGUUGAGUGCUGUGGUGAUGGCUAUCAGCACCGCGACGCUCAAGUGGCUCUAUGGCCGCGUGAAUGGCUUUGGGACCGCCCGUUCUCCGGCAGCUCAGUCGCCUCUCUCGUUGAGCGACGAGUCGACCGUGUUGCACGCAGAGGCGGCGGAUCCGACAAACAACGUCACGAAAGCCGAGGCUCGAACAAUCACGAAGCGUGCCGCGCAUGUUCUUCGCUUCGAGUUCGGCAUCGGUGAACAUGGACCGGGUCAGGAUGCAGUCCUCUGCAUUUCGUCUAAUCAGGUUCUACUACCAAUCGUAUUCUACGCGAUCAUUGCCGCUGGCGGUGUAUAUGCCGCAGCGUCUACGGCCAUGACAACGUUGGAAUUGAUGCGACAGACCCGACAAUCGAAAGCCCGACUGAUAGUGACGAGCGAGGAGAACCAGACAAAGGCGUUGGUGACUGCGCGAGAGUGUGGACUCGCAGAGGAUAGAGUCCUUGUGCUUGAAAGUAUGGGACACAAGCGCCUGCUGGCCGAUACAGUUCAUCGCAGACGAAACUAUUUCGACUCCAGUGACCAAUUGAGCUGGGAUGCCAUCACGGACCGAACGACGCUGGAAGAAAGGCUCAUAUGCUUAUUGUACUCGAGUGGCACGACGGGACCCCCGAAGGGAGUGAUGCUUUCCCACAUGAAUAUCGUCGCUGAAGCCCUCCUGCCACAACUGGUGCUGCGCGAAUCACGGCAGGGGAUACCGCAUUUGAACGCUCCAUACCGUACUAUCGGCCAUCUUCCCACGGCCCAUAUUGCAGGCUGCCAGGGAUAUUUCGUCACGCCAGCUGUGGCCGGUGGAACGGUCUACUGGAUGCCGAAGUUCAACAUCGGCGAUUUUAUCGACUACUGUAGAAGACACGAGAUCACGUUCUUAUCUACAGCUCCUCCUGUUUAUCUGGCGAUCGCAGAGAACACGCGAGUGACCAAUCAUUUCAAAUCCCUUAUUCGCGCGGAGUCGGGAGCAGCGCCGUUGAGUGUGGAGGUUCAGCAGCGGGCGGAGGGGAAACUGGGUUGUGCGAUUAGCCAACGAUGGGGAUUGACCGAAUCGACCGGAAGUGUGACAACGAUGCCUUGGGGCCAGUCUGACAAUACAGGCAGCAUCAGUCCAUUGCUGCCAAACACAAGGCUGCGCAUCGUAGAUGGUCAUGCUCAAGACGUGGAGCAGGGAGCGGAGGGGGAGAUACUAAUCAAAGGGCCGAUGGUCACCCGAGGAUAUUUUGACAAUCUCGAUGCAAGUGCCGCGGCCUUCACCCAGGACAGCUGGUUCCGAACAGGGGAUAUCGGCGUGUGGAAGGAUGGGAGGAUUUACAUGGUGGAUCGGAAGAAGGAGCUAAUUAAAUAUAAGGGUCUUCAGGUUUCUCCGGUUGAAGUGGAGGCACUGCUCUUGAGCCAUGAUAGUGUCGCAGAUGCCGCAGUGAUCGGAGUGAAGGAUCCAGUUGCACCAGGCAAUGAGCUUCCUCAAGCCUACGUCGUGAGGGAAAGCAAUGCAAUUGUUUCCGAAGAGGAACUGAAAGGCUUCGUGAAGCUGAAUCUUGCUCAUCAUAAGCAACUCCGGGGAGGCGUAGUGUUUGUCAAGGAGAUUCCAAAAAGCUCGUCCGGCAAGAUUCUUCGACGAGAAUUGAGGGAGCGAGCCAACAAUUCUAUGCAGCCACGAGGAAAGCUUUGA